AUGGGUAAGGUCCACGGAUCGCUGGCGCGUGCCGGUAAGGUCAAGUCGCAGACACCAAAGGCGGCGGAGGCUGAUGAUGAAACUACACAGGUCGAGCCACAGGAGAAGAAGAAGACGCCCAAGGGCCGCGCGAAGAAGAGAAUCACAUACACCCGCCGCUUCGUCAAUGUCACCAUGACCGGUGGCAAGAGGAAGAUGAACCCUAACCCGACUUCGUAA